AUGCCAAAGUAUAAACACAAAAGAUGGAAGCUUGAGCAACAGAUUGAGAGUAACCUAGAGGAGAAAGAGGCUGCCACUGCAGCAAAGCUGAGUCCACCACAAAUGGAGAACAUUGAGAAAAAUUUGCUAUGGAAAGCCAUGGAAGGUGACUGGGAGGAGGUUUUGAAAAUUUACAACGAAAAACCCGAUGCUCACAUGACCCAAAUCAGAAUGUCAGGGAACACAGCACUACAUAUAGCUGUCACAGAUGGCAAAGAGAAUAUCGUUGAGCAGCUGGUGAGCUUGAUUUGUGAAAGAGAUCCGAGAGCUGAGGCGCUCAAAAUAAAAAACCACGAGGGAAACACCUCGCUGCAUCUCGCGGUGGCAUUUGGGAGCUUGAGGAUGUGCCGGUGCAUAGCUAAAGCAGACCCAGGAAUUAUCGGAGUUCGCAACAACAACGGUGAGACUCCAUUCUUCUGGGCCGGUCUUUACGGUAAGAAGGACGCUUUCCUUUGUCUCCAUUUUGCCUGCGGCGGCAAAAAAAUUGGCCAGUACUAUUGUAGAAGGGCUGAUGGCGACACCAUUCUCCAUCGUGCCAUAGAUGGAGAAUUUAUUGAGUUGGCAUUUCAAAUUCUUCAACUCUACGAAAAUCUUCCUUACUCCUACAAUGCAAAAGGAAUGACCCCACUCCAUCUUCUAGCCAGUAUAUUUGUUAAUGGGCUGAAGGAGAUGCAAACCAAUGGGCAGUGUCUCCAGGAGAAUCCUGAAGAUAAAAAGAAUCCUAGUCACCCAGAGAACUACAAGACGUGUGUCCUCUUCUUUGGCCUGCUGAGAAAGAUAAUUCAUGUAAUAGUAAAUACAGGAAAAACUACGGAGGGAAGGAAUGAGCUACCAUCUGCUGGAAAUCCAAAAUACAUGCAGUUUUCAAUUCCAUCUAAUUAUCAAACGUGUUAUGAUACCAUCAAGCUUUUGUCCAAGGGAUUGCUGAUCAUUCUCGGAGUAGGUUAUGGAAGGGUAACAAAGAUACAAGAGAAAAAAGAAAAGCAUACAUGGGCUGUCCAGGUCAUGAAUAUUCUUCUUGAACACGCUUCGAAGUAUGAGUAUGAUCAUAAUGGAGGAAACCCUCACAUCAUGUCUACAUUAGACAGUAGAGAUUUAGGAGAAACAGUUCCUUCUGCGAUUGGUGAAGGUGACAUUGUUGGGUUUGGCCAGGAUAUAAAAGGGAUGAAAAACCCUGAACUGGAGACACCAAUACUAGUCGCUGCAAAAUAUGGUGUUGCUGAGAUGGUGGAGAAAAUCCUCGAAGUGUUUCCGAUGGCCAUCCACGACAUGAACUCUAAGAAGAAGAACAUAGUGCUCUUGGCAGUGGAGCAUAGGCAACCCCAUGUAUUCCAGCUUUUACUCCAAAAGAAUAUCAUGAAAGAUAUCAUAUUUCACCAAGUCGAUAGUGAUGGCAAUAGUGCAUUACAUCUUGCUGCUGCGCUUGGAGCUUAUCGCCCAUGGCUUAUCCCUGGUGCUGCCUUGCAAUUGCAAUGGGAGCUCAAGUGGUUUGAGUUUGUUAAGAACUCCAUGCCACCACACUUCUAUGUGCACACCAACAAUGAGGGGAAAACCCCCAAGGACAUCUCCAGAGAAACCCACACGAAGCUUGUCGAGGACGGUGGAAACUGGCUGACCAACACCUCUGAGUCUUGCUCCGUCGUGGCGGCACUCAUCGCAACAGUCGCCUUCGCCACAUCAGCCACCGUCCCAGGCGGCGUCAAACAAGAUAGUGGCGUACCAACUCUUGAAAACGAGCCAGCCUUCAAUGUUUUCGCUGUCUCAUCUCUCAUUGCACUUUGCUUCUCCGUGACCGCCGUGGUCAUGUUCUUAGCCAUCCUCACAUCAAGGUACCAAGAGAGAGACUUUGCCAAAGACUUACCCAGGAAACUUUUGAUAGGUCUAACGUCUCUUUUCAUAUCCAUAGCUGCCAUUUUGGUCUCUUUUUGUGCUGGACACUUCUUUGUUAUCAAAGAUAAGUUGAAAUACGCUGCAUAUCCGGUGUAUGCAAUCACCUGCUUGCCGAUAACAUUUUUCGCCAUGGCUCAGUUUCCACUGUACAUUGAUCUUAUAUGGACUACUAUUAAGAAGAUUCCACAGCGUAGCUACGAGGCGCUUCCUCUGACUUAGUGUUCAACCACUCUUUUCUUUUGAGUUUGUGGUGUAAAGCUAGCUAAGUGAGGAAUACUUUUUUUCCAGGACUUCUUCCUAUAGUAGGAAGUGUGUACUUGCUGCUAUUUGGGUGUGUUUUGUUUCUUUCUUUAUGUGUCACUGUGAAGAUUUGAGUUCCUC